AGUUAGGUAUUCAAAAGGGCAAACAUUACGAGCGGGAAGGUUCCUCUUGCGACAUAAAACGACGACGACGACGACGACAACACAGCUACAGUCUGAAAACCUCCUGCCACAACAGCUGACAACCGCUUUUGUACUGCCAGUUUGCCAUACGUUAGUGUUUGCUGUCAUUACGUGGUGUUUUGAAGUCCCAUUUUGAAGCAAGGCUCAACUUUUAGUCGCCACAAGAAAACUCAACAGAACCAACAUGGCGGAAGGUGUAGGAAUGAACUGCGUCAAAUAUCUUCUGUUCUUCUUUAACUUCCUUUUCUGGAUUGCAGGCCUGUUCCUGGUGGGAGUGGGGACAUGGAUCAGGGUAGACGACAACGCGCUGAAGAUCCUGCACAACCUGGACAACCUGGAUGAGACGGUGGUGUACGCCGGAUGUUACGCGUUCAUCGGCAUCGGGGUGGUCGCUCUCAUCGUCGGAUUCUUCGGAUGCUGCGGCGCCAUCCGGGAAAACAAGUGCAUGCUGGGAAUGUUCUUUGUCUGCCUGUUGUUGCUGCUCAUUGCUGAGGUUGGGGUGGCAAUUUUUGCAGUGGUCAUGAAACCUGAUGCUGAAAAGUUUCUGAAGGAAGGACUGGACAAGGUUGCUGAGAACAAGUAUCAGGACCUGGACCCUGAGCUACAGAGGCUGGUGGACUUCUUCCAGAAAGAGUUUAAGUGCUGUGGCAUGAACAGCACCAAGGACUGGUCACCAAACUACCCUGACACCUGCAACUGUACUGUGGGUGACACCUGCGACACAACAACUGGCAGAUGGAGCAAGCCCUGUGAUGAGGAAGUGAUCAACAACCUGAAUAAGAACAUUGUUUACAUCGGAGGUGCGGCGCUCGGUGUGGCUCUUAUCAUGGUUCUGGGCAUCAUCCUGUCCUGUAUGCUGUUCUGCCAUGCAAGGCGGGAGGGCCGGAUGCAUGGUGCUUUCUUCGGUUCAACGUACAGGGAGUUCGCCUAAGAACUGUCAUGAGUAAUGCCAACACCUCCCAGAUCAUGCGCUGAAAUAGCAUUUAGAAGUGCUGCCGGCUGGCCAACAGAAAUGAAGACUUUUGGUUGAGAAUUUUUGUGCCAUAUCUUGUGAAUUUGUUUCUCAUGUGGUACAUGUAUAUACCAUGAUAAGUAUGUGUAACUUUGUAACAUCCAAAAUUGUAUCUCCCACCUGUCUCUUUCAUUAAAAAAAAAUCAAAGUUGGAAAAGUCUAUUGGAGUUGAUUACAUUUGUGUGCAGAAUAAGUAGGUCUAUCCCUCUGAGAGGAGCAAGCGUUUCUUUUUUUUCGUGAACAUUGUCAUCGCAGGUAUACAUUUUUGACUUACCUUAAAGUUUAUUAUACUGCUUGUACCAUUAUUGUUUUAUGGUGGCUUGGGUGAAAUAACUGCUGGAUGUUAUCAAUUUGAAGACUAUUUUUUUCUUUGAAAGGAGGUUAAAAAUGUAAGAAAUGGAGUUUAUUGUUAAUGUGAGUUGCACCUGGCUGCUUUAAUCGACAUGCAAAGAUCACUGUGCCUUACAUGAGUUAUGCACAAGCUAUAUAGACUUUUACUGUAUGUUCAUUCUCUUGUAAGUUGUAGCUGCUUCUGUUUGCUCAUUUGAUGGGUGUUAUAUCCUUAACGCAUUUCUGUUUUCUAUGCAACAAAGACUGUAUCUUGUAAUAUAUUGAUAAACAGACACAAAAUGGUGAUGUAUGUUUUUUGGGAAAUUCUUUGUACACACAAAAAUAAAGCUUGAUAUUCUUUAAAAUGA